UCCCUCUGCCCGCUCCUCAUGUACCUAACCUUCCCGCGCGGCCCCUCAUCUCUGCACCCGUCCUCCGCCCAAACAUCAACCGACCGCCUCGCCUUCACGCUUAUAUCGACAAUGCUGGUUACCGGCCUGGCCAAUUGGCUGUACGUCGGCCCGCAGACGACGGAGAUCAUGCGCUUGAGGAAACAUCAGGAGACUAGGGAUGGUAAGAAGAGCUAUGAUAAGGGCCCGCAUAGUGAGGAGAUGAUGGCGUUGAAUAGGCGGUUUGGCGUGUUGCAUGGGGUUAGUAGUUUGGUUAAUUUGGUGGGGUUUUUGGGGAUGGUGUGGUAUGGCGUUUUGUUGGGGGAGGGGCUGAGGUUGUAGAAGGUGGGAUGUGCGUGUGUGGAGACAAGGGCAAGGCAUUUGGAUGGUUUGCAGUUCGUG